AUGGACUAUGCAUCACAGAAGAAUGACCGUCGCCGUCAGUUUCAAGAACGUCGUAGCCUUAAGGCACGCCACGAGACCCCUACAGCUCGCAAGCACCGUCUUCAAAACAGCGCCCAGAAUAACGAAGAGCUUGUCCCACAAGAGGUCUUACUACCAUCCAAUGAAUCUCGCUAUGAAGAACUGGGCCAAUUGGGUGAUUCUUUAGAAGACUCUGAGCAGGCAGAGCAUUUACGCACACGUGCCCGUGAUGCAGCAGCAGCAGCAGAAGCUCGUUCACUUGAGCUCACCACAAAUUCUACCCACAGAUCUGUACCAGCUAAGAAGCAAUUGGCUCAGUUGGAUACUGCAGAUCUGAAUAAUAUACUACAAAAAGGAAUGAGUGAAGGCGCUAAUGCCAAAUCAAAUAGAAGUGUUAAUACCAGUGCUAAUGUCAAUACAAGUACUGACGCUGAUGAUGGUGUAACCACCUCUACAACACGAAAUACUCAAAAAAUAAUUAGCCCCUCAUAUGGUCCAUCAAGAACUUUCUACAAGCUAACUCAACUGCUUCCAAGCUUAAUCCAGAUCUCGAAGACGAUCAAGAUUUCCUAG